AUGGCCACCAACUUCUAUAUCUUCUUCGGACGCGUCGAUGUGGUGAUGAAGGCGGCAUCAGGCACGGGAAUCGUCUCUAGCAUUGUCUUAGAGUCCGAUGAUCUCGACGAGAUCGACUGGGAAUUCAUCGGUGGAAGCAACAACCAGGUGCAGUCGAACUUCUACGGGAAGGGCAACACUACCAACUACAACCGUGUGCAGUAUCACGAUGUUGCUGAUACCCAAGGAACCUGGCACACAUAUUCUAUCGAUUGGACCAAGGAGCGUAUCAACUACAUCAUCGACGGCACCACUGUCCGAACGCUGGAGUACAGCUCAGCCUUAGCCAUUAACGGCCAGAACUUUCCGCAGACCCCAAUGCAACUCAAGCUUGGCAACUGGGCUGGUGGUGCCAGUAAAGAUGAGGGUACAGUUGAGUGGGCCGGUGGAAAGACCGAUUUCAACCAGGGUCCCUUCAACAUGAAUGUCAAGUCUGUGAAGAUCACCAACAACAACCCAGCAUGCCAAUACGAGUACGGCGACAUGACCGGCUCCUAUGAGAGCAUCAAGCUCAUCUCGAGCGGCGACUCGUGCAGUGCCGAGAGUCCGUCGAGCUCUGCCCCAUCUGGCUCUGCAUCUGCAUCUGCGUCGGCUACUAUUGCGCCAACUAGCAGCCUUGUCGUCGAGCCGAUCUCGAACACUAAAGUCGUAGCCAGCACUACCAUUACUGGUUCCGCGUACUCGACCAACACCGCUUCGAUCUCUGCUGUCAAUGCUGGUACGACUGAAGCCGCCGCUGCAACGACUGGCGUUGCGAGUCAGCCAACUGCCGGAGUUAAUGGCUCAAUCAGUUCCGGCUCGCUCUCCGCCUCUGCUGCUUACGAAGGUGCUGGAGUCGCUCAGUAUGCCAUGAGCUGGACUGCCAUACUCAGCUUGGUGCCUGCUGUCUUGCUGUUCUAG